AUGCCUGCCCUUACCAUAGCUCUCGUCGCUGAACGGCGAUCAGCUUACCUAGCGGAUGGACAGUCACAGCAGGAAUGUGCCGCUCUCACCCAUGACGGUGAAGUGGACGAGGUCGUGGCGGCGCUGACGAGACUCGGCCAUACUGUUGUGCAGCUCCCUGGAAUUUCCUCUCUCGUCCAGGCUCUCGCGAUCAACAGAAACAAGGAGUGGGAUUUAGUGUUCAACAUGUCACAAGGUUUCUAUGGAUCCGCACGUGAAGCGCAGGUCCCAGCCCUGCUGGACGCCUAUCAGAUCCCAUACACCUUCGCGGAUGCCGCUACCAUGGCGUUGUGCCAGAACAAGAUCAACACGAAGACCGUACUGGACCAUUGCAGUGUCCCCAAUGCACCUUUCACGGUCAUCUCCCCCCACCAGCGCGAUUUUGGUGACUUGGUGCAGGAUUCCAAGCACCUUGACUAUCCGCUGUUUGUCAAGUUGGGCACGGAAGGGUCAUCGAAGGGGAUCGACUCGUUUAAUAAGGUCAACUCCAGUGCGGAGCUGACAAAGGCCGUGGAGAACCUGCGGUCGGACUUCCCGGACCAGCCGAUUCUGGUCGAGUCCUUCCUGGCUGGUCGGGAGUUUACCGUCAGUCUCCUCGGCACCGGUGAGCUCAGCCGGGUGAUUGGCGUGAGGGAACAUGUCUGGGAGGACCCAUCCAAGCCCAGCCACGAUGGGUUGACCAAUGGGGAUAGUAGGCAGGACUUUUCCAGCUGGCAAAGCAAGUCCAGCACAGACUGCGGAUUGGUCAUUAAGGAUUACAAACUGAGCGAGACGAUCGAUCCCCAGGUUCAAACUGCCUGUCUUCUGGCGCUCGACGCUUGGACUCUGCUUGGAUGCAGGGAUGCUGGACGGGUGGAUAUCCGAUUUGAUAGCAACGAGCCGGGCUCCACUGCGCAGAUUAUGGAGGUCAAUCCCAUCUCCGGCAUGCUGCCAGGUCAUUCUCCGUUGCCUGCCAGCGCUCAGAUCAACGGGAUUUCCUUUGAGCAGCUGAUGGCAGGGAUCAUUGAGAGUACAUUACUCCGCAACAGCCGAAAGCCCCUGACUAACAUGGGCUCGGGGAAAUGUAUCUCUGUAUAGAUAUCUAUUUUCGCGUGCGGGCCAGGAUGGAUUUGGGUUUUGGGGUUCCGGUGAUAUUUUGCAAAGGCAGUCAUUACUUCUAUGCCUGCUUUUGGAAGGAUAUGGCACGCCAAGAUGGACCGUGUGUUUUCCUCACCUCAACAGUCGUUAAAGAGUUACCUGGAUUUGGGGUUCAAACUGAUGGAAAGGUUGAAGUAUAUUGAGGCUUGGUUGACUUUAAUAUUGAUAGGGCUGGUUUAUAGACCAUCAACCAAAAGCGAUUUCGGAUGGCAUUGGGAGACUUUAGUAUUCCCCAACGCUCUUCACACAUUAGCAGCUAAUACGGGGUACUAAAACAUGCGCGUAGUCUUACAGAGACAGGUUCCGAUUUGCAGGCCCACCAAGUGUAGGCACCCUGACGUAGUGCAGGUGUGAUUGCUGUCGAGUUGCACCAUGUCUGUUCUCAAGGGUGACACCAAAUCACGAUUGAUCGUCCGAAAGGGAAGGUAUCUAAGUUUGAAUACUCUUUGGAUUUCCCUUGCAACAGCUCUAGAAUGGCAACGAGUUGGGGAUCUCUCUUUGCAUCACUGAGAAGACUUCCCUUGAAAUGGAGCUUCCAUAGCACAAACCUAGUUAUACCGUGUCUCAUGGAACAACCAGACUGAACAGGACCUAGUCCUCAAGCCUCUCCGGAGUUACAGUUCUCGAUCCUCGACUACCAAAAAAAAAAAACAGAAAAGCAUCAUACAAUUUAUAUGAAAUGGUUGGU